CCGGGCGGAGCCGGAGCCGGAGCCGGGGCGCCUGGAGGCGGUCGGGCCGUUCUCUCCGAGCCCAGAGCAGCGGAGAGACCGUGCGGCGGGGCUCGGGACCCGAGCGCAGCUCGGGGGCUGAGGUGGGCCGUGAGGAUCCGCGGCCGGAGCGGCCAGAGCGGCGCCGGGAGACUCCCCCGGCGCGCGGAGUUCGGGCAGGCCCGGGCCAUGCGCGCGGCUCGUUGAGGCCGAGGGAGGUCGCGAUGGAGGUGCCGGUGGGGGAGGCCCCGGCUCGGGGCUGCGGCCCCCCGCCUGCGCCCGCCCCAGAGAGGAAGAAGAGCCACCGCGCGCCGUCACCGGCCCGGCCCAAGGACGUGGCCGGCUGGUCGCUGGCCAAGGGCCGCCGCGGCCCAGGCCCGGGAGCCGCAGCCGCCUGCAGCGCUGCGUCCUCGGCACGGCCCGACAAGAAGGGGCGUGCGGUGGCGCCCGGGGCGCGGGGCGCAGGGACGCGGGUGGCCGGGGUCCGCACCGGAGUCCGAGCCAAGGGCCGUCCGCGUCCAGGGACCGGGCCGCGACCGCCACCACCGCCGCCCAGUCUCACCGACAGCAGCUCGGAGGUGUCGGACUGCGCGUCGGAGGAGGCGCGCCUGCUGGGCCUGGAGCUGGCGCUGAGCAGCGACGCCGAGUCGGCGGCGGGGGGCCCGGCGGGGGCCCGCACCGGGCAGCCUCCCCAGCCUGCGCCGUCCGCACAGCAGCCUCCGCGGCCGCCCGUCUCCCCCGAGGAGCCGUCAGUGGCUGCGUCGUCGGUGGGCAGCAGCCGCCUGCCACUCAGUGCCUCGCUUGCCUUCUCCGACCUCACCGAGGAGAUGCUGGACUGCGGGCCAGGCGGCUUCGUGCGAGAGCUGGAGGAGCUACGCUCGGAGAACGACUAUCUCAAGGAUGAGAUUGAGGAGCUUCGGGCAGAGAUGCUGGAGAUGCGGGAUGUCUAUAUGGAGGAGGAUGUGUAUCAGCUGCAGGAGCUGCGGCAGCAGCUGGACCAGGCCAGCAAGACCUGUCGCAUUCUGCAGUACCGACUGCGAAAGGCGGAGCGCCGCAGCCUCCGUGCUGCCCAGACUGGCCAGGUGGACGGUGAGCUCAUCCGCGGCUUGGAGCAAGACGUAAAGGUCUCCAAGGACAUCUCGGUGCGGCUGCAUAAGGAGCUUGAGGUGGUGGAGAAGAAACGGGUUCGGCUGGAGGAGGAGAAUGAAGAGCUUCGGCAGCGGCUCAUCGAGACCGAGCUGGCCAAGCAGGUGCUGCAGACGGAGCUGGAGAGGCCGAGAGAGCAUUCCUUGAAGAAAAGAGGAACCCGCUCCCUGGGGAAGACAGACAAGAAGCCUUCAGUGCAGGAGGACAGUGCAGACCUGAAGUGCCAGCUGCACUUUGCAAAGGAGGAGUCCGCCCUCAUGUGCAAGAAGCUCACCAAGCUGGCCAAGGAGAACGACGGCAUGAAGGAGGAGCUGCUCAAGUACCGCUCGCUCUAUGGAGACCUGGACAGCGCCCUGUCGGCGGAGGAGCUGGCCGACGCACCGCACUCACGGGAGACCGAGCUCAAGGUGCAUCUGAAGCUGGUGGAGGAGGAAGCCAACCUGCUGAGCCGCCGCAUCGUGGAGCUGGAGGUGGAAAACCGCGGCCUGCGGGCGGAGAUGGACGACAUGAAGGAUCACGGCGGUGGCUGCGGGGGCCCCGAGGCCCGCCUGGCCUUCUCUGCGCUGGGUGGCGGCGGUGAGUGCGGGGAGAGCUUGGCGGAGCUGCGGCGACACCUGCAGUUCGUGGAGGAGGAGGCCGAGCUGCUACGGCGCUCCUCGGCUGAGUUGGAGGAUCAGAACAAGCUGCUGCUGAGCGAGCUGGCCAAGUACCGCUCGGAGCAUGAGCUGGACGUGACGCUGUCGGAGGACAGCUGCUCCGUGCUCAGCGAGCCCUCGCAGGAGGAGCUGGCAGCCGCCAAACUGCAGAUCGGCGAGCUCAGCGGCAAGGUCAAGAAGCUCCAGUACGAGAACCGGGUGCUCCUCUCCAACCUCCAGCGCUGUGACCUCGCCUCCUGCCAGAGCACGCGGCCGAUGCUGGAGACGGAUGCCGAGGCCGGGGACUCUGCCCAGUGUGUGCCCGCUGCCCUUGGCGAGGCCCACGGGCCCCACACUGCCCGGCUCUGUAGAGUCAGGGAGGCCGAGGCGCUGCCUGGGCUGAGGGAGCAGGCCAUCCUGGUCAGCAAGGCCAUCGAUGUCCUGGUGGCUGAUGCCAACGGCUUCUCGGCGGGCCUCCGGCUGUACCUGGACAACGAAUGUGCCGACUUCCGGCUGCAUGAAGCCCCCGACAACAGCGAGGGCCCCAGGGACACCAAGCUGAUCCACGCCCUCCUGGUGCGGCUGAGCUUGCUCCAGCAGGAGCUCAACGCCUUCACGCGGAAGGCGGACGCCGUCCUGGGGGGCUCCGCCAAGGAGCAGCCAGAGCCCUUCUCCUCCCUGCCCAGCUUGGGCUCCCAGGGGCCCUCCAAGGAGAUUCUUCUGGCCAAAGACCUUGGCUCAGACUUCCAGGUGCAGCCAUCUGACUUCAGGGACCUUCCAGAAUGGGAGCCCAGGAUACGAGAGGCCUUCCGCACUGGGGACUUGGACUCCAAGCCUGACCCCAGCCGGAGCUUCAGGCCUUACCGAGCUGAAGACAAUGACUCCUAUGCCUCUGAGAUCAAGGAGCUGCAGCUGGUGCUGGCCGAGGCCCACGACAGCCUCCGGGGCCUGCAAGAGCAGCUCUCCCAGGAGCGGCAGCUACGGAAGGAGGAGGCCGACAACUUCAACCAGAAAAUGGUCCAGCUGAAGGAGGACCAGCAGAGGGCGCUCCUGAGGCGUGAGUUUGAGCUGCAGAGCCUGAGCCUCCAGCGGAGGCUGGAGCAGAAAUUCUGGAGCCAGGAGAAGAAUAUGUUGGUGCAGGAGUCCCAGCAGUUCAAGCACAACUUCCUCCUGCUCUUCAUGAAGCUCAGGUGGUUCCUCAAGCGCUGGCGGCAGGGCAAGGUUUUGCCCAGCGAGGGGGAUGACUUCCUUGAGGUAAAUAGCAUGAAGGAGCUGUACCUGCUAAUGGAGGAAGAGGAAUUAAACGCCCAGCAUUCUGAUAACAAGACCUGUGCGGGGGACAGCUGGACCCAAAACACCCCCAAUGAGUACAUCAAGACCCUGGCCGACAUGAAGGUGACGCUGAAGGAGCUAUGCUGGCUGCUCCGGGAUGAGCGCCGUGGUCUGACUGAGCUUCAGCAACAGUUUGCCAAGGCCAAGGCCACCUGGGAGACAGAGCGGGCAGAGCUCAAGAGCCAUACUGCCCCGAUGGAGCUGAAGGCUGGGAAGGGGGUUGGGGAGCGGGCAGGGCCCGACUGGAAGGCAGCCCUGCAGAGGGAGCGGGAGGAGCAGCAGCACCUCCUGGCCGAGUCCUACAGCGCAGUCAUGGAGCUGACGCGGCAGCUGCAGAUCAGUGAGCACAACUGGGGCCAGGAGAAGCUGCAGCUGGUGGAGCGGCUUCAGGGUGAGAAGCAGCAGGUGGAGCAGCAGGUAAAGGAGCUGCAGAACCGCCUGAGCCAGCUGCAGAAGGCUGCUGACCCCUGGGUCCUGAAGCACUCGGACCUGGAGAAGCAAGACAACAGCUGGAAAGAGACACGCAGUGAGAAGAUCCACGACAAGGAAGCUGUUUCUGAAGCUGAGCUUGGGGGAACCAGCCUAAAGAGGACCAAAUCUGUCUCCUCCAUGUCGGAGUUUGAAAGUUUGCUGGACUGUUCCCCCUACCUCACCAGUGAAGCCGCCCGGGGCAAGAAGCUGCCCAACAAUCCUGCCUUUGCCUUUGUGGGCGCUCAGCCAGUGGACCCGGAGAAGGCUGCCCCGGAACAGCCAGGGCUGUCGCCCCGGGACUGCAACCGUCUGGGUACCCUGGGCUGCCAGGAGCCGGCAGGGAGGCAGAUGCAGCGCAGCUACACGGCUCCAGACAAGACAGGCAUCCGCGUCUACUACAGCCCCCCGGUGGCCCGGCGCCUGGGCGUCCCUGUGGUCCAUGACAGGGAGGGGAAGAUCAUCAUCGAGCCUGGCUUCCUCUUCACCACGGCCAAGCCCAAAGAGUCGGCCGAGGCAGACCGACUGGCCGAGAGCUCUUACAGCCGCUGGCUCUGCAACUUCUCCCGGCAGCGCCUGGACGGAGGCUCGGGGGGCGGCCCCUCGCCGGCCGGGCCUGGCUUCCCAGCGGCUCUGCAUGACUUCGAGAUGUCCGGCAACAUGAGCGACGACAUGAAAGAGAUCACCAACUGCGUGCGCCAGGCCAUGCGCUCGGGCUCACUGGAGAGGAAGGUGAAGAGCACGUCCAGCCAGACGGUGGGCCUGGCCAGCGUGGGCACGCAGACCAUCCGCACGGUCAGCGUGGGCCUGCAGACCGACCCGCCCCGCAGCAGCCUCCACGGCAAGAGCUGGUCACCCCGCAGUUCCUCGCUCGUGUCCGUGCGCAGCAAGCAGAUCUCAUCCUCCCUGGACAAGGUGCACUCGCGCAUCGAGCGGCCAUGCUGCUCGCCCAAGUACGGCUCGCCCAAGCUCCAGCGGCGGUCCGUGUCCAAGCUGGACGGGGCCAAGGACCGCAGCCUGUGGAACCUGCAUCAGGGCAAGCAGAACGGCUCAGCCUGGGCACGCUCCACCACCACGCGGGACAGCCCCGUGCUGAGGAACAUCAACGACGGGCUGUCCAGCCUCUUCAGUGUGGUGGAGCACUCGGGGAGCACUGAGUCCGUCUGGAAGCUGGGCAUGUCUGAGGCCCGGGCCAAGCCAGAGCCCCCCAAGUACGGCAUCGUGCAGGAGUUCUUCCGCAAUGUGUGUGGCCGGGCGCCAAGCCCCACCUCCGCGGCGGGGGAGGAGGGCACCAAGAAACUGGAGCCCCUCUCCCCGGCCAGCUACCAUCAGCCGGAGGGCAUGGCCAGGAUCCUGAACAAGAAGGCGGCCAAGUCAGGCAGCAGCGAGGAGACCAGGCUCUCCGUGCUCCCCCAAGUGGGGAAGGAUGGUGUCCCCCGGGAUGGAGAUGGAGCCACGGUCCUUCCCAAUGAGGAUGCUGUUUGUGACUGUAACACCCAGUCUCUCACCUCCUGCUUCGCCCGGCCAUCCCGCUCCGCCAUCCGCCACUCUCCUUCCAAAUGCAGGCUGCACCCUUCAGAGUCCAGCUGGGGUGGGGAGGAGAGGGCAGCCCCCCACAGCGAGUGACGGAGCAGCCAGGUUCCCCACCUCAACCAGCCCAAACCCUGGAUAGCUGAUGGGAACCAGCAGAGAGGAGACGAGGCGAGGGGCCCCGAUCCCUGCAUCCCUCGUCCUGGAGAGACAGCAGCUGCACCACUGCCAGAGAAGAGCUUUGCCCUCCAGGUAAAGCGGGGCCUCCUGCUGACUGCUGGGUGGUGAUCUCUGACUUCCCAGGGGAAGGCAGUGAGAGGGAGAAAGACCAAAACUGGGCUUCAGAAGCGUCUCUAGAGAGAUCCCUUAGGAGCUGAUCCACUGAGAGCUUAUCCCUGGGUUGUAAGGGAGAGCCUUGCCUGGUUCUACCCACACCCACUUCUCAGAAGAGCCAAGGAAAGCAUACAGUUCCGGCCAUGCCCCUCAGGGAAAAGGGCUCACAGAGAUGUUCCCUGCCAACCACAUCCCUCUUCAUGGGGAGGAAACAUUGAUGAGAAGAACAGGCUUUGCUCUUGGGCUCAACUUGGGGGUCCUGGUGGAGCUGAGCUGGGCAUCACCCCAUCCCUUCCUUCCCUCCACCACCUCCUCCUCCCAGCCCUGCUGCUCUGGACUGCUGUGGCUCAAGGGGAUAUGAUAGGGCAGUAGCCAGGGGUCAAGUAUCUGCUUGGAGUCCUGGAGCCCUGGAUCUCCCUGCCCAAAGCCUGGAUGCAGCAGCAAGGACUGGAAGACAAGGUAGAAACGUGUGGGGCUCAGGGUCGGGGAGCCACUGGAACUGCCUUUCUUGCCAAGGUGACUUGGGGUCCCCAACCUUCCCAGGAGACUCCUUGAGGACAGAAAUGGGUAGAGCAGUCUCAAGACCUGGUGCACAUAUACAUGCCUAAUUGCCCACUGCCUUGAUUGCUGGGGCCUCUCUCCCUGGCACCCUGGAGGGGCUGUUGCAUCUCCACUGUGUUUACAUCCUAUGGCCGGUGGAGGGUAAGGAUAUUCCCAGCAAGAGACUCCCAGUUGGCCGGGUCAGGCCAAGGAGCAAUCCAAGAGGCUGGUGCCCCAGGACAUGGCAAUAGACUGGGGCCUGGAAACACAUUUCUUGCCUAGGUUGUUUAUUUGAAUUUUUCUUACUAUAAAUAUUUAAGGUGGUUUUACUUUAUUUUAAUAAUUUAAUUUACCCUAAAGUCCUUAAGGUAAUUUAUUGGAAGUUGAGACGUACUCUUGCCACUGGGACAAUGUGAGGCUUCGAACGCAAUGGACGGGUGUGGGGUCCCCCAUGUGGAUAAGGAACUUGCAGCUGAGCUCUGGUUUCCUGGUCAGGCUUGGCGGGUCCCCCAGCAGAGCCGGAGCCCUGCAGUUUUCUCCCCCGACGCCGCUGACCAUUUGACCCCGGAUUACUACUUUACACUCAGCACCCGGUACUUACCUGGCCCCCAGCCGUCAGUCUGUGAAUGUUCACUGACAGGGUGGGGGACUGGACCAGUGUCACCACUUCCCAAACAUUUUCUCUUUUCCUUCUCAUUUUCCUCCCUCCCUCUAACACCUUUUUUUCAAUGAGUCAAACAUGGAUUCCUAAGGCUUUAUCAAGAGCAGGGAGAGCUCUCCAAGUUCCCUAAGUGAGAACUCGCAGGAAAACAGGACUGAAUUCCGAGAAUGUUGUUUAUUGCAGCUUUGCACAUGGAUGUGAGAGUGUCUGCCAGCCUGCUUCAGUUCUCACCAGCCUGCCAGCCUUUUCACCAGCCUCUCUCUUUAGCCUUAUGGCCUCUCCUGGCUCGUCUCCCAGCCCUAACUGUACUGCCCGCCCUUCCCCACAUCCCAUGUGAGCUGCAUGAGCCAUCGGAUGGAUUGCAGCAUGGCUCAUUGCAGUGUGGUGGUGGUUUUGGGGGGGUACUCAAGACGGCCUCCCCAUUGGUGCCAAUGAACCCAUUUUGGAUGUACAUGUGCCCCCACAUCUGUGUGUGAUUGGCUGGAGGCCCAGAUGGAUAAAGCAGCUUAUCUGUGAAUUCCCUAUGAGGAAAACCAUAAACCAGCAGCUUUGGUAGUUUGCCCCCAGGACCCAGGAGAUGCCUCUGCACUCCUACCCACCAGCUCCCAGUCUUACCCUUUCUGGGGCACCUGGACCAGUUACCCAAAUCCCUUCAUCUCCAUUCCCCAUCAGCAGAACUUUGGGGUCAGACACUUCCUCACACCAUAGUGACCUGUGUGGGCAGAACAGGCAGGCCGAUGGAUACGUGGGCCAGCCCCCUCCGGGAUGCCACUGCUCCCACCCAAGAGAUCAGGGGGCCCCUCCAAGGUUGUCUCCAAGUGAGGGGAUUCACACCAGGCCACAAGCCACCAGAGGCCUUCUCCCACCUUCCCAAGCUGCGAGGGCCAGGGAGGCUGUGCUUCUAGCCUUGGGGAGAAAUCCUCGUGAGACCUGAGCCCUGCGGACCACUCAGCCUUACUGUCAUCCUCGUCCAAGAUUGUCCUUGCCAUCCUUGGUGUCUUGGUACCUGGCCGCCCGGCCCCCAGCCAGUGUCAGAGGCCCCAGGUCAUGGUUUUCAGUCAAGUCCCAGUUUCUAUUUUCUGCAUGCCACUGUGCGAGGUCACUCAUCACUGUUCUGACAGAAGCCUCUGAACGUGGGGCUUGAUGGGGUUCAACAUGUUACCUGUAAAUAUUGGUUUGGUUUGAUUUUUAGCAUUUUAAUUAGUAACAGUGUUUUCUUUUUUAGGGUAGGGGGUUGGUUUGUAAAAACUCUCUGCUCAUUUGGAAUGUAAUUUCUAAGUUUGUUUCUUUAAAUGCCUUUUAAGUCUUGGUAACAUUCCCAAAGCAGAAAACUGCCUGGCCCGCAGCAGGGACUCCCCUGGAGCAUCGGGUCCCAGGAAGGAACACUACCCUUUUCCCCUUUCUUCCCCUUCCUACCACCCCUUGCCUUUUUACUCCUAGCAACUUCCUCGUCCUUCCCUUCCUCCUUCUCUACCCAUCUUUUUCCUUUCCCCCAUCCCCAUUUUCUUCAACCAAAGUCCCAAGGUACCCUGAAGUCCUAUUCCCUACAGACCGCCAGGCUUAGAUCCAUUGUGUUGGCACGAAUUGGUUGUGGGGAAAUGGGAGAACAGUUGGCAUGGUGACCCCAAAAUGGACCAUCUUGUGUUUCUUAUGUCUGACUUCUUCCCAGAGCCAAAUUAGACCCUCCUGGGGGCAAUGAUGUCUGUAUUCUAAAUGAAAAUCAAACUACUUUGUCACAUUAGUGGCUCCUAGAUCCUGCAUGCACAUGGCAUCAGUACGCAAGUUUCUGUCACCCUGGCAGCCCUUUGCCCCCAGUUCUUUCCCCACCAAAGGCUGACCAAUUGAAAAAUACCCUCCAAGAGGCCUUGCUCAAAAUGGGCCCUUCCCCUUGGGCUCCCCCAGAACACUUCUCUACCGGCUGCUCUCCCAGGCGACAAAGUCAAGGGCCCAAGGACUUGAGCCUCUUCCACCCUGAUUGCAACAUGGCUCUGUCGUGCCUGACCCCAUGCACCUUUCAUGGUUUCAUCAUCCAGCCUGUUCUCUUGCUCACCCAACUUCCAGGCCCUUCCCAGUUACGAAGUGGGAGAAUGUCCUUCUACCUUCUGCCUGAUCACACUCCUUAUCCCCAAGCCAACCCCCUAGUGCCCUGGCCCUGGAGGUGACACACCCUUCACUAGUGUUAGUGAAUAGAAAGAGAGCCACAAGAUAAACUGGACCAACCCCCUCACUUUUCUUUAAACUGUGACAAAACGUAUAUAAUGUAAAACUUACUAUUUUAGCCAUCUUAAGUGGCUUUGAAUACAUUAAUAAUGUUGUACAACCAUCACCACUAUCCAUUUCCAGAACUUUUUCAUCUCCCCAAACUGAAACUCUACCCACUAAACAGUAACUCCCCACCCCUCCCCUCCUAGGCUCUGAUGACCUCUAUUCUACUUCCUGUCUUUAUGACUUUGCCUAUUCUAGGUUCCUCAUAUAAGUGAAAUCAUACAGUAUUUGUCCUUUUGGAUCCAACCCCCUCACAUUUUUGGAUGAGGAAUCAGGCCCAGAGAAGGGAGUGGGUCAUCUAAAGUCACACAGCAAACUAGAGACAGAGUUAAGACUCAGGUGUCCUGACUCCCAGCAGGCUCUGCAUUCCCAGUGGUGAGUGAGACAUCACCUACCAUUCUGUGGUCUUGGUUGAACCCCUUGCUCUCUCUGGGCUCAGUCUGUUCGCUCCCCACCACCUAUCCAUCCUCUCUUUUAUCAUCUUCCUCCAAAGCUUCCCCUCCUCCUGCCUCCUCUUCAGCUGGUUCCCACCAGCAGAUGAAGUGGCCCUGGCCCAUGGCCAAGGUUUUUCCUCUUUUGAGCCUGGGGCUUACUUGUAGCACCCAUCCCUCAGCCCUCCCAGAAUUGCCUCCGCAGCUCUGCUCCCCUCCCUGUAACCUCAGCAACCCCCUCCCAUCCCCUCAGGCUCACAUUCCCAUAAUCCUGUGUCUGUGGUCUUCCAUCUCCUGAUGUUUGGUUUCAAAUCUCGUUGUGUCUUCUGAGUUUUAUUUUGUGUUUUUUCACACCAAAGGAGGCACCUUUCCCCAGUGCCUCAGGCUGUGACACUCCCACCAGCCCAGAAAGAUGUCUGCUUCAUCCCACCCCUAAGCCACAUUGUCUUUGUCCACAGCUUCCUGGCAGGACCUUAGUACUUUCCACUGGGAAUGAGGGGGGUACUUGGAUCCCCACUUUGACCUCCUCUACCCUGCCCAGUCCUGCAUGGUCUUUUUUGGAAAGCAGAUGCAGCCUGGCUAGGUUCUUCUCUCCUUCUCCCUGGGACCAUUCAACCAUCUGUCCUUCUUGACGUCACCAUCUUUUGCAUUCUCCUCUGAAAAAGCUUGUCCUGGCAGAACCAGUAGCUCACCCUGGCACUACCCCUUACCCCUCCCAACAGUGUUUGCAGUUUGCAAAGUCCACAGACCCAAGAACCAAAGGGGACUGGGGACAUGAUGCUGGGCCUGAGUCCCCUGCCCAGGGCUCCUCCCAACCCCUCCCUGACCCUCCUUAGACCCUCCCUUGUCUAUCCCACCAGCCCUACUUCCUUCCCUUCUGCCCUUCACCAGCCCUCUGGGCCCUAGGCUCUAAGGAAAGGAGCUUUGAUUUCCUCUAAGCAUCCUUGAAGGGCCAGAGUCGUCAGGGCCUGGCCACCUUGUUACUCUUCAUUCUGAUACCACUCAAACUGCUCCCAUGAGAAGGAACCUCAGCCAGGAGUCUGGAGACCUGGCCCAGGUCUGGGCAGAUGUCAACUUCUCUGCGUUUGGCUGGUGGUAUGAUUUUAUGAUGACCAGAAGGAUGAUCCUUAGGGCUUCGGAGCACCCCUCGUGUUUUCGGGUCCUAUGUCAUCACCCUCUUUCCACUGGGCCCUGCUAUACUGGCUCCUCUCUCAGCUCUGUCACUGAUCUCUGUGCCUUAGUUUACUUCUCCACAGAGGGGGGCUCACCACAGGUCUGUUCCUAGCUUUUUCCCAGACAUUUUGGUACCUCUAAUGCAGGGCCUUGCCAGCUGUCCCCAGCUCCCUGACACUGCCUUGGGGCACCAGGUUGCUGAGGAUGAGAUGCCUGGACAUUCUCAAAGAAGCAGGAGCAUAACCUGGGAACCUGAUAGAAAUGAAAAGUAUUGGCCCCACCCAAGACCUACAGAAGUAGACCUCUUUUUUGGUGGGGUGCUCAGCAAGCUGGGGUGUAGUAAGCCCUCCAGAUGAUUCUGACAUACAUAGGAGUUUGCCAACUGUUGAUCUAGGCUAACAAUUAGUGCGGCCUGGUGAGGGACUGAGGCUGGCCCUGACCAGGAAGGGGUGGGAAACACCAGCCUCAUCUGGACUCCUGAUAGAUUGGAAAACUCCCUCCACACCCUCCUCCUCCUCCCCCAGAGUAAAACAAAACUAUGUUCUCCUCUUCCUGGAAACUGCAGGUCUGGGAGAAGGCAUACAUUUUUCAUUUCCCUGCCCCUGGCUUGGUUCCACUUCUACCCACCUCUCCCACUUGUCUGGGUUUUACAAAAGGUUGUGUAGGGUUGUGCCAGUCAGGCAGUGGGUGGGAGUCCUGGGGGGUGUGGGAGACAAAAGACCCUGAUGGUUUAUCCCUUGGGGACCUCACCAUAGGCUUAUGGCCUCUCUUCAAAUAGAAAGAAACUUAACUCCUCAAAGAAAGAACCCUAAAUCCCCAGCCAGCUCCUCCUCCUUCUCCCACCUCCAGGGAGACCUUGUAGACAGUGCCAAAAACAGCUCCAACCCCCAGCAGCUGGGGAAGAGAGCCAGAAGCUGUCCCUCCUCAUCCUGGCCCCCCUCCCCAACCCCCACCAAUACUGUGAAGCCCCCUUCCUGCCCAGCCUGGCUUCCUGGUGUGGCCCCUACAGUCGUGGCCCCUAGGGGUCCUCCAGUGAAAGGCCUUUGGGAAGGAAGGGACCAAGGGCAUCCUUGGGCCAAACUGUCCACCUCUCCUGUCCACUGUUCUCUCCUCCCCACUCCUGUCUUCAAAAGGCUCCUUCCCAGGAUGGAUUGGGUGCUAGGACAACCAUGGUCCAAUCCGCCAGCUCUCCUUGCCCCCGUGUCAUUUCAGACAUGAGAAUACUGUACAGUGUAAACUUACAAAGGGUUUUUAAUGGUUGUAGAUUGAAAAUAAAGUAUGUCAUAUGAACAGUU